GCGUGUCCUGAGUGUGGCGUCCCCCGGUCAGUCCGCAGUUGGAGCCGAAGCCCCGAAAUGGCUGCUGAGCGGCGCGGUGGAGUUCUGAGUCUCUACGUCAACGGGAGAAAGGUGGAGGUGAGAGAUGCGGAUCCAGAGACCAUGCUGCUCUCCUUCCUCAGGGACACAUUGCGUCUGACAGGCACUAAGUAUGGCUGUGGAGGAGGCGGGUGUGGCGCCUGCACCGUCAUGCUGUCCACAUAUGACAUUCAGACCAAGAGCAUCCAUCAUUUCUCCAUUAACGCCUGUCUGAUGCCUUUAUGCCAAACCCACGGAGCGGCAGUGACCACGGUGGAGGGCAUCGGGAACAGCAAGAGCAAACUACACCCUGUACAGGAACGUAUAGCGAAGGCAAACGGCUCUCAGUGUGGGUUUUGUACUCCAGGGAUGGUGAUGUCCAUGUACACACUGCUGAGGAACCGACCACAACCCAGCAUGGAGGACAUCAUACAGGCGCUGGGGGGUAAUUUAUGCAGAUGCACAGGAUAUCGUCCGAUUAUCGAUGGCUAUCGGACAUUCUGUGAGAGUGAACGCUGCUGUCAGGUGAACGGCACGACCUGCUGUACCCCAAACACCGAAGCGUCUCCUGCUCACAAACCGCAGCUGUUUAAUAAAGAGGAAUUUCUUCCUCUGGACCCGACGCAGGAUCUGAUCUUCCCUCCGGAGCUCAUGAGAAUGGCGGAGAGUCAGGAACAAACCACUCAGACGUUUCGGGGGGAGAGGAUGACCUGGAUCUCGCCCGUGUCUCUCAGUGAGCUGCUCCAGCUGAAGGUUCAGCACCCAAAAGCCCCCAUUGUCAUGGGAAACACUAACAUAGGGUUGGACAUCAAGUUUAAAGGUGUCGUCCAUCCCAUAAUAAUCUCAGCCACACGCGUGAAGGAACUGUUUGAAGUCACACACAAACCUGAAGGUGUGCACAUUGGUGCUGGCUGCAGUUUAUCUACAGUGCGGUGUGUGUUGCAGAAGUGUGUGUGUUCUCUCCCAGUAGAACACACACAGACAUACACAGCACUGCUGGAGCAACUGAGACACCUGGGAGGAGAACAGAUCCGCAAUGUUGCUACGCUGGGGGGGAACAUUGCUAGCGCGUACCCAAACUCUGAUCUGAAUCCUGUUCUGGCUGCAGGGCGGAGCUCAGUGCUACUGCUGUCUCACGAUGGGAGGCGUGAGGUUCCUCUGGAUAAGGAGUUCUUUGUGGGAUUUGGAAAGACGGUUCUCAGACCAGAGGAGAUUCUGUUGUCUGUUUUUAUUCCAGUUUCCCGAAAGUGUGAGGUGGUGCGUGCGUUCCGUACCGCGCCCCGUAAAGACAACGCUCUGGCCACGGUGAGCGCCGGCAUGCGGGUGUGGUUUAAUCACGGCUCAGACCUGGUGAGAGACAUGAGUGUGUAUUACGGAGGAGUCGGAGCACACACACUCAGCGCAGAGAACACGACCCGGCACGUCAUCGGGAGGUCGUGGAGUGAGGCGACGUUAAGUGACGCGUACACGGCACUCCUUGAUGACAUCACGCUCGGGGCGUCGGCAGGAGGGAAGGUGGUGUUCCGCAGGUCUCUGACCCUCAGCAUGUUCUUCAGGUUCUACCUCCACGUCCUGCAGCACCUCAGAGACCAGAAUGUGAUUCAGGGUGAAAUUCCAGAACAUGAGCGGAGUGCACUGGAGCCGCUGCCCAACUUCAUUCAGCCCGGAUAUCAGGAGUUCCAGGCCGUGCCCGAGGGGGACUGUGUGGGUUGGGCGUUGCCUCACCACUCCUCCGUCUCGCAUGCUACAGGAGAGGCCGUGUACUGCGACGACAUUCCACACACACACGGAGAACUCUUCCUCUCUGUCGUCACCAGCACCAGAGCACACGCCAACAUCACCCAUAUUGAUGUGGGCGGAGCUCUGGGCAUGGUGGGCGUGGUGGAUGUGAUCACUGCUCAGGACAUUCCUGGCAGGAGAUCCGUCUCCUUCACUGAGCUGGAUGAGGAGCUUCUGGCAGAAAAACAGGUGACAUGUGUGGGUCACGUGAUCUGCGCUGUCGUCGCCGAUACGAAGCAGCACGCUAAACUCGCCGGAGCAGCUGUGAAGAUCACCUACGAGGACCUGAAGGAUCCAGUCUUCACUGUAGAGGAAGCUGUGGAGAAGAGCUCCUUCUUUCCUCCUCUGAGAGAGAUUCAGAGAGGAGACAUCGCUUCUGCGCUCCAGGAGACAGACCACGUUUACGAAGGGGAGCUGCGUGUAGGAGGACAGGAGCAUUUCUACAUGGAGACACAGAGCAUGCUGGUCAUUCCUGUAGGAGAGCAGAAGGAGAUGAAGGUCUAUCUGUCUACACAGCAUCCAACAUGUGUUCAGAUGGCGAUAGCAGAGACUUUGGGCAUCCCGUCUAAUCGUGUAUCCUGCCACGUGAAACGUGUGGGUGGGGCAUUUGGGGGUAAAGUGACCAAGACGACUUUACUGGCAUGUAUUACUGCAGUGGCUGCGUGGAAAACUGAGAGGCCGGUGCGCUGUGUUUUGGAAAGAGGAGAGGACAUGCUGAUCACAGGAGGGCGCCACCCAGUGCUGGGGAGGUACAAGGUGGGCUUUAUGAAUGAUGGCAGAAUCACUGCAGCUGAUGUUCAUUAUUACACCAAUGCAGGCAACACACCCGAUGAGUCUCCACUGGUAGUAGAGAAGAUUCUUCUCCACAUGGAUAACUCCUAUAACAUCCCAAAUCUCCGUGGCCAGUCGGCUGCCUGUUGGACCAACCUGCCCUCCAAUACGGCGUUCCGUGGUUUCGGCGUUCCACAGAGCAUGGUGGUCAUCGAAAACAUGGUCACCGAUGUGGCCAUGACGCUCGGCCAGCCAGCUGAAGAGAUCCGUGAGAAGAACAUGUAUAAGGAGGUGUCCUUCACACACUAUAAGAUGGAGUUUGACCCGGAGAACCUGCAGCGCUGUUGGGAGGAAUGUAAGUCCAGAGCUGACAUCAUUCACAGGCGAGAGAACAUCAGUCACUUCAACCUGCAGAACCGCUGGAGAAAGAGAGGCCUUGCCAUCGUGCCCAUCAAAUACGGCAUCGGAUUUGCCGAGGGAUUCCUCAACCAGGCUGCUGCUCUGGUACACAUCUACAAGGACGGAUCGGUGUUAAUAAGUCACGGUGGGACUGAGAUGGGUCAGGGCUUACACACCAAAGUCCAACAGGUGGCGAGUCGAGAGCUGCACAUCCCGCUGUCUCUGAUCCACAUUUCUGAGACGUGUACAAGCUCCGUGCCCAACACCUGUCCCUCUGCUGCAUCAUUUGGCACUGACGCUAAUGGAAUGGCUGUCAGGGACGCGUGUCGAACUCUGUACGAGCGACUCGAGCCGAUCAGACAGACGGACCCCGAGGGCACGUGGCAGAGCUGGAUUAGGAGAGCGUUCCUGGAGAGAAUCAGUCUGUCAGCUACUGGAUUCUACAGAGGCCACGAUGCGAGAAUGGACUGGGAGAGACAGGAAGGACGGCCGUAUGUGUAUUUCACCUACGGAGCCUGCUGCAGUGAGGUGGAGGUCGACUGUCUGUCAGGAGAAUACAGGACUCUAAGGACAGACCUGGUUGUGGACAUCGGGAAGAGCUUAAACCCCUCCAUUGAUAUUGGCCAGAUUGAGGGGGCGUUUAUCCAGGGUCUGGGCCUCUACACGAUGGAGGAGCUGCACUUUUCCCCCUCAGGUGUUCUGUACACUCGAGGUCCUGCUCAGUAUAAGAUCCCGGCUGUGUGUGACGUCCCGCUGCAGUUUAACGUCUACCUGCUCCCUGGAUCCCAAAAUCCACACGCCAUCUAUUCCUCAAAGGGUAUCGGAGAACCCACACUGUUCCUGGGUUCCUCUGUGUUCUUUGCUAUAAAAGACGCUGUCAUGGCAGCGCGGAAGGACGUGGGAUUAACCGGACCGUUCACCCUAAACAGCCCUGCUACACCGGAGCAAGUGUGCCUCGCGUGCAAUACACAGUUCACACAGAUGGUUCCAGACAGUGGAGCGUCCCAGCCGUGGGCUCUGCAGCUGCCGUGACCUUCAUUUCACCUUUCUGACUGAUUAUAACCACUAAAUGAUCAGAUCUGCAACAUGAUAUUCACACUAAAUAGAUCACCUUAAUAAAUGAUUUCAUCAGA